AUGCUAAUCACACCGGGUGAUCAUAUCUAUCAAUCAUUCCAAGCAGGGGAGCUGUAUCGUAUCAUAAUCGUUGCAGGUGUCUAUAUCCUUACAUUCACGCUGGCUAUCUUUCUCUACGCUGCUCGCCUCUUCAGCACUCGAAGUGCACUUGCAAACAUUCCUCGAGAAUGGAACCUGGCCGGAGAUGGGAAGCAAGAUGCUGGUAUCGGUCUCGGCAUGGGAAGAAGUAUAGGUCGCCUUGUGAGGCAGAGUUGGGAGAGAAGUGCUAUUGUCGCCUAUGAAGGGACGCCGCGAGAUUUAAAGGGCGAAGAACAAGCAAUGCACAUUCCUAGCAAGAAGAAGAAUCGAGGACUAGCGAUGAGGGAUGAAAGGCAAGGGUCUAUCGACGGCACCAUUGAGCCUGUCUGGGGGGUUGUACGCCAUUCGGGCUGGGCAGGUCCCGAAUCACCUUGGUUUCCAAAUCUACAUUUCGAACCUGUUAUCGCCGAAUUAACAAAUAUAAUCGAAGCCAAAGCAGUUUCAUUAGCUCCAGAGGUAGCCGGAGACGAAAGUGAUGAUAUCGAACAAGUGGAUCAGCAGAUCUUAGAUUCAGUGGUUGUAGAGCUCGUCCGGCGGCCUUCUUCAAUGCCUCUCCGGGACUAUGUGGCGCAGCUCUCGAGCAUUGGGAUAUUUGGGCAAGAGCCACCAGUUCAGCCUGUUACUGAAUUCAUCAAUCUGUACGAGCAAGCACGCUUUUCAGACGAACCUCUGCAUGAGAACCAAUUCCGGCUUUUGAUGGUCAUGUUGAAUGAAAUCCUGGAUAACAUGCAACCUCCGGACCAAGCAAUGGUGGGUGAGAUAGGAGCAAGCGAAACUGCCGAAACCUCGUACAAUGUUGUCACGGAUGACUCAACGGAUGAUCAGCUCCCACGACCGGGUACACCAAGAGUAUUUGGACAACUGGUGCGCAGCGAGGCUUCACGCCCUUCCACGGCCAUUCGAAGUGAUGCACAAGUCACUGCGUAUACCUCUCAGGCGCGCAGGUCUCGAAGCAUCUCGAACAUGUCGAUCGACUCUGGCUCGACGAGCGCUUCCGUUGUGCACAACAAACCGUCGAGCUUGCAAAUAUCUUCGAGAAGCGGUUCUGUAAGCCCGUCAAAUACCGCAAGCUCUGAAGCUACAGCUUCUGGAAGUGUAGUAUGGAAGGCAGAAGGGCGAACCUCGCUUGAGCUGCCUCAUGCGUUUAACGGUGGCGAGAUGAAUGGAUAA